UUGUCCCUGUAACCAGAUUGAGCACAGACUGAACUCUUCAGUUUAAUUGAGUCCAAUCAGUGUGUGCCACUCCAGCUGUGCAGCAGCCUGCAGGCUGCAACCUGCAACUCUCAUCAGAGAGCUUCUGAACUGAGCUGAGAGGAGAAAACACAUCCAGACAUGACGUUACAGCUUAAAACCAGCGAUCGCCUCUUUGACCUGCACUGCACUGUGGGCCUGAUGGACUGGGACAUGGACAAGGAGCUGAAACUGGCCACAUCCACUGACCAGUUCUACCACGAUGAAAAAGUGAAUGAUCAGUAUGUGGUGCAGAGGCCGUCUGCCAGAGCCUCCAGGAGAAAAGAUGAAUUCACUUUUUACGACAAAAUGUCAGACACCUUUGUGAAGCCUAACUUGUGGCUGAUGGUGAAUCCCAACAUCGUCUGCCCGCUGCAGUAUGGAAAGAACACUGCAGAUCUGCAGAGUCGCUUUGAACCUGCGGAGGAAAUCCAAACAGUGAAGUCUGCAGAGACCCAACAAAGACUCACCACAGAGCUCCACACGUUCUCCUCCCAUGAUGCUCCUCUCCAGCAGCAGCUGCACUCCACUGAGGACAUGAUCAAGACUGAAGACAUUUCCUGUCAACCAGCCAAGAACAAACGCAAGGGAAGAGCCACCAAGGCCAGGGACAAUAAGGCCCUGAAGCCUGGCUGCUGGCCCCGUCCACCUGUCAACUACUGCAUCCUCAUCGCCUUGGCACUGAAGAGCAGCCUCAGUGGGAGCCUCAAAGUCCAGCAGAUUUACAACUUCACCAGAGAGCACUUCCCCUUCUUUCAGACGGCUCCAGACGGCUGGAAGAACACCAUCCGACACAACCUCUGCUUCAACAACAGCUUCCGCAAAACCUUCAACCAGCUGUGCAGAGACGGCAAGAGGAAGUCCUGUCUGUGGCAUCUGACUCUGGACGGCCACCGCCGGCUGAAGGACGAGAUCCAGACGCUGUCAGAAGAAUCCUUAAAGCAGCUGCAGAGGAGCAUGUCCCGCCCAGAUGUAAUCCAGAGUUUAUUUGAAAUAUGACUGCAGGCGUAAAAAAAAAAAAAAAAAAAAAGGUAUCCUGGUCAAAAUCACUGCAUAAUAAAACUUUGUGUGCAGUCGUUUUCUUCUGUUAUGCUGAAUAUUAUUUAUGAAUGUUUCUGUUUAUUUUUUUGUAAAUAUUUGAAGAAACUUUUUAUUUAUUUAUUACAAUAACAAAGUGCAGUCCUGUGAAGAUAUUUGCACAAAGUUCUCAGUUAAAUUAAAUAUUGUGGAUACGAUCAA